GUCACCCUUUUCAAUGAUCAAUAAAGCUACUCUUGUUUCUCUCUCACACUUUCGUUCCCUUCCCUCUUCUCCGGUUUCUGUUCUUCAUCGUGAACCCAAAAACAGGGGAGGAACAAGAGUUUCCAAACAAAACCCACAUGCUCUUCCAUCUAAUUUGAUCUUUCUUUAUGGGUAUUUUAUUUUCUUUUUUCUUUUGAUUUUGGGAUAAUGGAUUUCGAUCACUUUGAAUGCGUUUCAACAUCGGACGAAUUAAAUGAGGACGAGAUCCCAUACCAUCAUCAUCGUCAUCAACAUCAACAUCGUCAAAACAGCUAUCAAAAUCUCCAGAAUUCAUCAUCAAAAGCUCACUAUGUUAAUGUCGUUCCUUCCAAAAUUAAUCACACCCCCAGUGUUUACGAGCUUCUCGAAUGCCCUGUUUGUACCAAUUCAAUGUACCCUCCAAUACAUCAGUGUCACAAUGGUCACACGCUUUGUUCCACUUGUAAAACACUUGUGAACAACAGGUGUCCGACUUGCAGACAAGAACUCGGUGAUAUAAGAUGUCUAGCUUUGGAAAAAGUUGCAGAAUCCCUCGAAUUGCCAUGCAAAUACAGCUCACUCGGUUGCCAUGGAAUCUUUCCUUACUACAGUAAGCUAAAGCAUGAAGCUUUAUGCAAUUUCAGGCCAUAUAGCUGCCCUUAUGCCGGAUCAGAGUGUUCGGUUGUUGGGGAAAUCAAGUAUUUAGUCGCUCAUUUAAGAGAUGAUCAUAAAGUCGACAUGCACUCUGGAUGCACUUUCAAUCACCGAUAUGUCAAGUCCAAUCCUCGCGAAGUUGACAAUGCCACGUGGAUGCUAACAGUUUUCAAUUGUUUUGGGCAGUAUUUUUGUCUCCAUUUUGAAGCGUUUCAGCUGAGUAUGGCUCCGGUUUACAUGGCGUUUGUGAGGUUCAUGGGAGAUGAAAAUGAUGCCCGGAAUUACAGUUACAGUUUGGAGGUGGGAGGGAAUGGCCGGAAACUGGUUUGGGAGGGAACCCCACGAAGCAUUAGAGAUGGUCACCGGAAAGUUAGGGACAGCCAUGAUGGACUCAUAAUACAGCGGAGUAUGGCUCUUUUCUUCUCUGGUGGUGAUCGGAAAGAGCUCAAGCUGAGAGUUACUGGUCGGAUUUGGAAAGAACCUUUGAAUCCCGAUGGUGACACAUGCAUUCCAAACCUAUGUAGUUAGAAAGGGUUUUGUUUUUUUGGUUUGAUUUUGUUUCAUUAUAAAUAGGGUUUAUGAGUUUGUGUUACGAGUUUAGUAUAAGAGAGGUUGUGAGAGUUUGUCGCAUGCAA